CGCGACCUCACAACGAAGCUGAUUCCGAAUGACGCAGGCUCCUCCGAUAAACCCUCCUCCGGAACGAAGAAUGUACCCCGCAAGGCCGUCGAGGCAGCUCUCGAGAUGAACCCUGCUCUCAAGGCCGAACUUGCAUCGAUGGACCCCGCAAAGGCUGCGCAAGCCCUCACCCAGAUGGAUAUCUCACAAUUGCUGACCGGACUUUCGGUGGGUGGAAAGAACCAGAAGGACAUGGCCUCAUACAAGUUCUGGCAGACACAACCGGUUCCUGGCUUUGGUGACAACGCCAGCAAGAAGCCCAUUGAGCAGGGCCCGAUCAAGAGAAUUGAUCCCGACCAAGUCUCCAAGACCCCGGACAACCUUAUCGAGGGGUUUGAGUGGUGCACUCUGGACCUGACCGAUCCCGCCGAGCUGCAAGAGUUGUACGAGCUAUUGAAUAAUCAUUAUGUGGAGGAUGAUAAUGCCAUGUUCCGCUUCGCCUAUUCGCAGUCUUUCUUGCACUGGGCCCUUAUGUCUCCCGGUUGGCAGAAGGAGUGGCACGUCGGUGUUCGUGCCACCAAGUCGCGCAAGCUGGUCGCAUCAAUCUGCGGUGUCCCUACCCAUAUCCGUGUUCGCGGCGAGCGACUCAAGGUGACGGAGAUCAACUUCCUGUGCAUCCACAAGAAGCUGCGCUCUAAGCGUCUGGCCCCUGUCCUGAUCAAGGAGAUCACCCGUCGCUGCUACGUCAAGGGCAUCUUCCAGGCCAUUUACACUGGCGGUAUUAUCCUGCCUACCCCCGUCAGCUCAUGCCGCUACUACCACCGUUCGUUGGACUGGUUGAAGCUGUACGAAUGCGGUUUCUCGCCUCUCCCCCAUGGCUCGACCAAGGCCCGUCAGGUAACCAAGAACCACCUGCCUGCCAACACUGCUACCCCUGGCCUGCGACCGAUGGAAGAAAAGGAUAUUGAUGCUGUCUUCGACUUGCUGGAGCGCUACCUGCUCCGUUACGAUAUGAACCAAGCUUUCGACCGCGAGGAGAUAGAGCACUGGUUGGUCUACAAGGAGGAGCCCGGCAAGGACCAAGUCGUGUGGUCUUAUGUUGUUGAAGAUCCGCAGACUCACAAGAUCACCGACUUCGUUUCCUUUUACAACCUCGAGUCUACUGUGAUUGAUAACCCCAAGCACGACAAGGUUCGUGCCGCAUACCUCUACUAUUAUGCGACCGAGACUGCCUUCACUGGUGACCAGAAGGCCCUCAAGGACCGUCUGCUCGUCUUGAUGAACGAUGCCCUCAUCUGUGCUAAGCAGGCCAAGUUCGAUGUCUUCAACGCCCUCACUCUGCAAGACAACCCGCUCUUCCUUGAGCAGCUCAAGUUCGGCGCCGGUGACGGACAGCUUCACUUUUACCUGUACAACUACCGCUGUGCCCCUGUUCCCGGUGGAAUUAACGAGAAGAACCUGCCCGAUGAGAAGCAAAUGGGUGGAGUUGGUGUUGUCAUGUUGUAG